GUCUCCAUUCCAACGGCGCAUGGGAGCUUGUUGCCGGAGCAACUAACACUUGUUUAGUUUCUCUUCCCCAUCCGCCUCGUGCUAGCAGAGCGGAGAUCAUAUCCCCCAGGAAAAGAGGCCAUGGCUUCCUUUGCCUCCGGGAGAGGAGGAAGACGACUGCUCUUGCCGGCAGUGGCGGCGGCGGUGGUGGCGCUAGUGGCGGCGCCGGCGCCGGCGUGCUUCCCGCGCGUGUUCAGCUUCGGGGACUCGCUGACGGACACGGGCAACUACCGCUUCGUCUACUUCAACGACUCCCGCGAUCCGGUGCUCCGGCCGCCCUACGGCGAGACCUUCUUCCACCGCGCCACCGGGCGCUUCUCGGAUGGCCGCCUCGUCGUCGACUUCAUCGCGGAUGCGCUGGGGCUGCCGUUCGUGCGCCCGUACUGGAGCGGGGGGAGCGCCGAGGACUUCGCGCGCGGGGCCAACUUCGCGGUGGGCGGCGCCAUGGCACUCAGCCCGGACUUCUUCCGGGCCAGGGGUGUGCCCGUGGGCGACAGAGUAGUGCACCUCGACAUGGAGAUGAAGUGGUUUCGCGACCUGCUUGAUCUGCUCUGCGCCGGCGACCUUGCCGGUUGCUCGGAACUGAUGAACCAAUCCCUUUUCUUGGUUGGAGAAAUCGGGGGCAAUGACUACAACACACCUCUUCUGUCCAGAGUGUCCUUUGAGAUCAUCCGCACCUUCCCUCCGAGUGUUAUUGCCAAAAUUUCUUCUACAGUCAGUGAACUGAUUGGGCUAGGAGCCAAGACUCUGGUGGUUCCAGGGAACCUCCCGAUCGGGUGCGUCCCGAAAUAUCUGACGAGAUUCCAGAGCGAUAAGGAAGAAGAUUACGAGCCAGAGACGGGUUGCCUUAGGUGGAUGAACGAGUUCUCACAGUACCACAACAAGCUUCUCAUGGAGGAGCUGGAGAAGCUGCGCAUGCUCCAUCCUGAUGUGAUGAUCAUCUAUGCUGAUUACUAUGGAGCUGCUAUGGAGAUUUUCCUUUUCCCUGAACAGUUUGGGAUCGAGGAACCCUUGGUGGCUUGUUGUGGUGGAAGAGGACCCUACGGUGUGGCCAAAGGCGCAGGUUGUGGGUACCGGGAAUACAAGGUGUGUGAUAACCCAGACAAGUAUGGAUCAUGGGAUGGCUUCCAUCCAACGGAAGCUGUAUACAUGGCCAUUGCAAUGGGCCUGCUACAAGGUUCCUACACACAACCUCCAUUUGCUACCGUCACCGGUUCAUGUCCACGGCUUACGACUCACCUCCGCUCUUCUACUGAAUACAAGGUCCUCUACGACUUGUAAUUCUGUAACUGCAUUAGUUGUUGUUGUUUGACUACGAUUUCAUUAUCACAAACUAAACCAAAGAUGUAACAAUCGUGACAUUGCUAUUAGUGCAAUAAUCAAGAACAAAAUGGGAGCUC